CGACCUAUUCCUUCUUCCCUCCCUCAUCAUAAACGCGUUUCCAUUUGCAACAUGUCGACAGCCGACACAACGAUGGCAGAACCACCGGUCGAAGAGACCCUCGUAGCUCGACGUUCAAGGCGAAGCACGGCAGGAAACAGGAUGGAAGCUGCACUUGCUGAAAUGUUAAUAGACGACGCAGCGAAAGACCCUGAUGACGAUGUCGAUUUCGCUGUCGAAAAAUACGAAGAAGAUGUCUUCGAGUCCGACUUUGAAAGCACUGACGAAGAGGCUCAAGAGGAAGGUGACGCUGGGGAACAGGAAGCCUUAGAUGAGGAGAAGCAAGCACGUAAGGCUGCUCGCACCCGCGUAGAAAAGGCCACUGCUGCCGCUCAUGCCCGCCAGAAAGUCACAUUUAAUCCUGAGGCUUCAACAUCUAGUGCACCAAAGACCAAGUUGAGACCAAAACGUCAGGUCUCGUUGGGUACGGCCAUUAAUGCAGAAACUGGGGAAGUCAUCAAAGGUGACGCCAAGGGGCAGCGACAUAGUAAAAGAACACACACAAUAAAGAACACGUCAGCGACGGUUAAGAGGUUCAAAAAGGGGGAAGAGAGACGCGCCGCGCAGACGCCGAAGAAGGUCAAGGCGCUUACUCGUGAGAUAACACAGGGUGAACUCAUCGCCAGAGCACUCGAUAACGAGGAAGGCAACAUCGUAGAACACCGUGACUAUCUCAAACUCGAGGAGGAGAAACGUAAACGUGCGCGGGUUGUGAGAGAUGCUGUUGAAGGCCCUCUAUUGCGAUGGGUAAGCCGGGGCGAGGAUAUAAAAGUCCAAGUGGAAGUGACUCCGCCUGCGCCACCACCUGUAACCACGCCAGCAUAUAGCUACGGACAUGGAUAUGGUGCUUAUAAUGCACCCGGAACGUCUACACCACCGGCUUACUCCUACUACUCUCCAGCUACGACAACGCAUUACCAAAAUCCGUACAUGCAUUAUCUUCCGCCUCCCGUACCUCCUCCUGCUCCAGUCUUUGAAGAACGAACGCAAAGGGUAACCAAAAAUUACCUCGUCCAUGAACUUGCGCAAUACGAAAAAGCCCCCAAGCCAUCGUGGACUGAGUCGAUGGAGGUCAUUUUUGGUGACCAUGUUAGGUGGGAUCAAGUUAAAGUGUAUAGUGGAAAGGGAAGACCUACAUCGCGACCUAAGCAGAUUUGCCCACUGACUGGUCAACCGGCGCCGUAUCUUGAUCCAAGAACGGGGGUGCCGUUUGCUAACAUCUGGGCGUAUGAAACGCUCACGAAGCUGUUGAACCAUGAAUUUGUGUGGAGUACGGCGUUACGGUGUUAUGUGAGGCAGGAAGAACCUUCAGCAGAGGAUGAUAUGGAUACGUCGUAACGCGUAAAAUGUCUAGUCAUGCUGUUUAAGCUCUUCGGAGGGUGCCUUGCCCCGAACGGUGAAACAAGAGCUCACCUUUACUAAAAUGCAGUGACGUGGUUGGAAGCGACCAAGUGUAGGGAAUUCAGGGAUAUAUAAUACUAGGACUGAUACUGACUGAUAUCAAACACUUUUAUUUUGAACUUGCU